GAUUAUAGCGCCAGGGAAAAAUGCCAAUAUGGCAACGCAAACGAUUUCGUUCGAUAUUGGGACAGCUUUUAUUGUUUAUUGAUUGAAAUUUCCAAUACAAUACUCGAAAAAACGAUUUCGUAGAAAAAUACAAAUUCUUUGCUAAAUUAUUGAAGAUAUAGAUUAUCUAUUUUUUUAAGUAGGUAGAAAUCCGUAAAAGGAACGAACAUAUAUACCAGCAUAUCGAAAAUUCUGUUAAUUAUUUUCGGGCAAUAUUUUUUUUUUAAAUAAUCAUUGCCUGCAUUUAGCUUUAGAUGAUUUGUUUAUUGGUAUAGAAUGGAUCCUCGAAUACAUAGAAGAACAGAGCCGGAAAAGGGACCGGGUGAUUUGAUAGUUGAAUGGUUGAAUGAGGCUUCAUUAAGCUCGGAGGAAGACGUGAAAGUUGCAAAUUUAUGCAAAGUUCAAGAAAUAUUGAUAAACAAGGAACCACAAUUACUUCCAUUAUAUUUGGAUGAAGCGUUGCAGUUCUCUUUAGAUAGAAAUGCAGAAGUUAGGAAAACAAUUACAGGUUUCAUAGAAGAAGCUGGAGUAAAACAACCAGAGGUAAUUCCACGUGUAGUUCAGACACUUUUACGAUUAGUUUCUGAUGAAUCAUCAGCUGUUGCUAAAAGAGCUCUUAGAGCUAGUGGUAGGAUAUUAAGAGCUGCAUUGAAAUGGAUAUCUAGUGCCAUCACAGUCACGCCAGAGAUGGAAGUAGCAUGGAACCAACUUAGCGCUCUCAAAGUUCAAAUUAUAGAUAUGAUUGACAGCGAUAAUGAUGGUAUUAGGACGCAAGCUGUGAAAUUUCUUGAAGGUGUUGUUUUGAUACAAACGUAUCCAGAUCCAGAUAUUCCUAAAAAACCAGAUGAUUUUUCUUUAGAAGAUAUUCCAUUAACAUUGAAAAUAGCACGUAGACGGAAAUUAGAGGAAGAAGCUAACGACGUGAUGGAUUUAUUAAUCAAAUUUCACGGGUCUCCACAUGUCAGUAGCGUUAAUUUAAUGACAUGUAUGGGAUCUUUAGCACUGAUUGCUAAAACAAGACCUCAGUUCAUGCCGGGUGUAAUACAAGCUUUGCAGAGGUUACAACAUGAUCUACCACCCACAUUGUCUGAUUCUCAAGUAACUAGUGUUCAGAAACAAUUAAAAUUAACUCUAUUAGGGUUGAUGAAGCACCCAGCUAGCAUAGAAUUUGCACCUGCAAUAGCUAAGCAAUUGACUCAACUAGGAGCGAAAGAACAAGAGAUUGUUAAAGCUUAUCCAAAACCAGAAGAUAUUCGACGUAUGAAGAAACGGCAACAAGAGGCUGCUGCAUCCUCCGCUGCAAAGCGUGUUAAAAUCGAAACUUCCCUAAUACCAGAUGAAUCGGAAAUUGUAUCCAGUUUAGUACUUACCUCAAAAUUACCAGAAUUGGUUGAACUUUCAGAAAGUUUCAUUGCUGAGAGAUUAAGUGUGGAAAUUGCUACAGAUUUAGUCAUGGAUAGCAUGGCAUGGGUCCCUGAUACAAUGACAACAAUUUUUCAAAGAGAAUAUCAACCUUCUUCAACGACCGAUAUAAAUAUUCAACGACAUACGAUUGCUAAAUUACUAGCGACACAGAUAAGGCAAGCUAAAACAAAGAAGAAAAAAGAUACUAAAGAUGAAGAUGCUGUGAUGGAAGAUUUAGUGAAAAAUCCAACCAUCAGCGUAGCGGAAGCGAAACGAGAGCGAAAGCGUGAAAAAGACAGAGAGAAAGAGAAAGAGGCAAAAGCAUCUUUAGAGGCACAUGAAAAAUCGCUCGCAAAAACGAGAACUCGUUUGAAAGCUUUAAAAUUGUCUGAAGUUACAAAACCAUUAUCAAAAGAAAUUAAAGAAAAAAUGUUACUGAUGGCUGUAAAUCGAAUUUUACUUUCCGAGAAAACAGCUGUAUUUGGUGGCGUAGCAGCUAUAAGAUCAAAAAUUCUGACUACCCUAGCUGCAACGUUUAACCCAUACAUUAAGGAAGCAGUAUUACGUUAUAUUACUGACGAUAUGAGAAAUCGUUUAGACUUAGCUUUAGGUUGGUUGUACGAAGAAUACGCAUUGCUUCAGGGUUUUCAAAGACGAACUACAUUGUGUGCGAAACCCCAGGAAGCUCCGCAUCAAGCGUACAAUUUUUUGUUAUGUACUUUAGUAUCUGCAAUAGAUUUAGUUCAAGGCAAAGACCGUGACACAUUGCUAUAUAGGCUUUACUUGGAAGCUCCUUUAAUCACCGAGGAUGCAGUUGAGGCCUUGAAAGUGGUAUCUUCGGACGAAACUAGAGGAUUGAUGCCGUUACAAUUAUUAAAAGAAAUGGUUAUUCGUAGACCAACAAAACAAUUGGUUUUCCUGAAUGUAUUAUUAUGUCAUACUGGUCAUGAAAACAAUACAAUAAGGGAAGCUGCUAUACAAUUAGUUUGUCAACUAUAUAGUCGUCCCGAAUUAAGCAAACUCAUAGAAGAGUACGCAGUACUUUAUUUAGGUUUUUUACGAUUACAUACACCACCUGAGAUUGUUUUCGGACAAGAUCGAGGUAGACCGCAAGUGGAAACUCAAUGGACGGAGUCAACUACAAGAGCUUGCCUUGGAUUGUAUCUUGCUCUGUUGAGUGAACACCAAGAUUUAAUUCACGAAUUGGCGAGAGUUUAUACAUCGAUGAGUGCCGAUGUAAAACGUAUGGUUCUUCGACUGGUAGAAGGACCUGUACGAUCUUUAGGAAUGGGCAGUCCACAAUUAUUGGCAUUAGUUGAAAAUUGUCCUAAAGGCGCUGAAACACUAGUUACUAGAAUUAUUCAUAUCCUCACAGAAAAAUCCGCGCCGAGUGCAGAAUUAGUAGCAAGGGUGCGAGAACUUUAUCAAACCAGAGUUUCCGAUGUUCGAUUCUUAAUACCAGUGUUGAAUGGUUUAACGAAAAAAGAAGUUAUAGCCGCUCUUCCAAAGCUCAUAAAGUUAAAUCCCAUUGUUGUUAAAGAGGUAUUUAAUAGACUAUUGGGCACCCAUAAUAAUGAAAGUGGCGUACCUCAUACGUCUCCUAUCACACCUGCUGAAUUGUUAAUAGCUUUACAUAAUAUAGAUCCAAGCAAAGCAGAAUUAAAAACGAUUAUAAAAGCUACGUCUCUAUGUUUCGCGGAAAAACAGAUAUAUACGCAAGAAACUGUUGCUGUUGUGAUGCAACAUCUUAUGGAGAUGACACCGCUUCCUACAUUACUCAUGCGUACAGUGAUACAAAGUUUAGCAUUAUAUCCUAGGUUAAGUGGAUUCGUUAUGAAUAUACUUCAACGAUUAAUUCUCAAGCAAGUUUGGAAACAACCAAAAGUCUGGGAGGGUUUUGUAAAAUGUUGCGAACGUACGCAACCGCAGAGUUUCGCGGUUAUUUUACAACUUCCGCCAACACAAUUGGCCGAAGCACUAAAAAUGGCGAGUAACUUACGAGCACCCUUAUUAGCGCAUGUCGAAGCCUUUGCCGAAAAUCAGAAAGCGCACAUUCCGCAAUCAAUAAUGGACGUAAUCCAGGGUAAAUCACUUUGCGACAUGCAUGAUGAAUUUGAUAUUUUUUUCCUUGAAUUUCUUGCAGGCACCACCCGGUGAUUAUCCGAUCGAACAAAAACCAGAUACUAUGGAAACUGAUGUUUCAGAACCAGCUCCGCCUGGCUUAGAUUAGCAUAAACUUAUUCCAGUGUUGGGAUUUGAAUCAUCAUCAACAGAUUGUCCCAAUUUUAAUGAAUUUACCUUGUAAAUUAUAAAUUAUUUUUUUUUUUUUUAUAUCCAAUCAUAUCUGAAAUAUCUAGUAAUCUGAAACGUUAGAUCCACAUAUUUAUCAAGUCAAACAUUACAUGUAAAUAUUUCUUACUUAAAAUUUAAUUAAUCUUACAAUUAUGACAAAUCUCUAUUUAAUUUUAUUUUGUAAAUAGAAUUUUUCUGCGUAUAAAUGUAUAUAUAUAUAUAUAUAUAUACAUUAUUUUCACUACAUAGUAUAUUUUUAUUUAUGUUUCAAUAAGUUGAUAUUGAAACCCUACGAGAUAGAGAUUUAGUUUUUUUCGUUACUUCUGUUUCCAUAAAAAUAACAUUACUAUAAAUAGUUAAAUAUUCAUAUCUAUUUAUUAAUAUCUGAGUGAUUUUGUAAAACAUGCACAUAAUUGAGGACAAAAAGUUCAGAAAAUAAUACGUAGCUACAAACUUGUGUAUAUAUAAAUUAUGUACAAUAUUAAAAACUGGACUAUAGUUUCCUGUAUAUUUUGCUAUUCGUCAUAAUACCAAUACCGUGUACAUAACUUAUUUUUACACUGUGAAUAGCACUUGUCUAAUACAGAUUUUAUUCAUUUUACAUCUUGUAUUUACAUAUGUAUUGUACGCAAAACGUAAGUAUAAAAUCUAUUUUAAAUAUUA